AAAAAAACGCGACAGGCAUAGGAAACCGAAGAGGACGACGCCGACGGGGAGGAGAAACAAUCAAAGUCGCCUGAGAGGGCGAAGAGCGGAAAGAGGCAGGAGAGCCCGAGGGAGACGGACACAGACAGCGAUGCGCCCCAUGUGAGGAAAGGCAGGAAGAAGGAGAAGAAAACCAAACAGCAGCAAGAGACCAAAGGACCUGAGAGGCCUCCAGAUGUAGUUCAGGAGAGCGACGUGGGUGAGAAGAACAAGCCAGCGGCUGUCAUGGGCCCAAAGGACAAGAAGGCCAAGGAUGAAGGCAAGAAGAAGAAAAGGGCCGAGAAAGGGGACCGAGAGGAAGAGGACGACGACUCUCCAAAGAAAAAGAAAGACAAGAAGGCCAAGAAAGGGUCCACCGACAGUGACAGCGAGGGCAAGAAGAGGAAAGGCAAGAAGAAGAAAAGCAAAACUGUGGACUACGUAGAGAUCUAUGAAAAUGAGCUGAGGAACUACCAACCAGAGAAGGGUGAGAACUACGAAGACGAGUACCAUAAGAAGAAAGUGUAUGAGGUGGUCACCAUCACAGGAGAUGUGUCAGGAGCAGGCACUGAUGCCAAUGUUUUUGCCACUCUUUUUGGUGAAUAUGGCAUUACUCCCAAGUUGCACCUUGCCAGCAACACUGAAAAGAGGAAUCGGACUGCUUUUGAAAAAGGCAAAACAGAUGUCUUCCGGAUAAAAACUCACAACAUUGGGCCUAUAAAAAAGAUUCGGAUCGAGCAUGAUAAUACAGGCCUAAAUGCAAGCUGGUUCCUGGACCGCGUGAUGCUGACAGACAUGAACAGGCCCCACCUACGUUACUACUUCGCCUGCAACAACUGGCUCAGCAGGAAGGAGGGAGACGGCCUCUUUGUGAGGGACUUGCUGGGAACUCUGGACCCCUCAGAUAUGCCAAAGUAUAACAAGUAUGUGGUGAGUGUCUUCACUGCAGACAUCAAAGGCAGUGGGACAGAUGCAGAUGUGUUCAUUAAUAUUUUUGGGGAAUUUGGAGAUACUGGGGAAAGGAGACUAGAUAAUGAUAAAGACAACUUUGAGAGAGGAACAGAGGACAAGUUUACAAUUGAAGCACCAAACCUGGGGAGAAUCAAUAAGAUCACCAUGGGCCACAACAACAGAGGCUCCUCUGCUGGCUGGUUUGUGGAAAAGGUGAUAGUAGAUGACCUGGGAAACAAGGCAAUAUAUGAGUUCCCUAUAAGCCGCUGGUUUGCAAUGGAUGAGGACGAUGGAAAGAUUCAAAGGGAUAGCUUAGUGGGAGCAAGUCAGCCAACAGGCAUUGUUUACAGCGUGCAGGUGGUGACAGGGAACAUCAGGGGAGCUGGAACCAACUCCAAAAUUCACAUGGUCAUGCAUGGCUCCAAAGGCUUGAAGAAUAGUGGGAAGGUCUUCUUGGAGGGGGGCAAAUUUGAACGUGGGCUCACCGAUGUCUUUACUAUAGAGAUCGCAGCUCUACUGAGCCCGCUCAGUCGCAUCACUACUGGCCAUGAUAACGCAGGGGUCAGCGCAGGGUGGUACUGUGAAAAGGUAGUGAUCUACUGCCCUUUCACUGGAAUUGAGCAGACCUUCCCUUGUUCUAAGUGGAUGGAUGAACACGAGGGCGAUGGACUGAUUGAGAGAGAGCUGUAUGAAAUGGUCUCACUACGGCAGAAAAGGCAGAAGAAGCAUCCUUGGUCUCUUUGGAUAUGGACAUCUGAUCUUCCUGGGUCAGGCACAGAUGCCUCUAUCCUGUUCCAGAUCUAUGGCGAGAAGGGCAAGUCUGAUGAGAUGAAGUUGGACAACAAAACGGAUAAUUUUGAGCAGGGUCAGACUGAUAAAUUCAUGAUUGAAUUACCCGAGCUUGGAAAACUGACGAAAUUGAGAAUUUGGCAUGAAAAGAGACAUCCGUUUGCAGGAUGGCAUUUGAGCAGGGUGACCUUGCUGAAAACGUUAACAAAGGAAAAAUACAAAUUCCCAUGCGAGCGUUGGCUAGAUACAAAUGAAGAUGAUAAUGAAGUGGUGAGGGAGCUCCCUGCCAUGGGGGAUCUUAUCCAAGAACCACUGGCAGUCAUAAAGUAUCGAGUGACAGUCUACACUGGAACGGUCAGUGGAGGUGGGACAGAUGCCCAUGUCUUCCUUUGCCUGAUUGGUGACAAAGGAGACACAGGUGACCGGGCCUUGGUCAACUGCAAGAACAACGUCAACAAGUUUGAGAAGGGCAACGCCGAUGAGUUUAUCGUCGAGGCGGUGUGCAUUGGGCAGGUUCACAGGGUACGGAUUGGCCAUGAUGGGCGAGGAGGAGGGUGUGGCUGGUUCCUAGAUAAAGUAGUGGUCAGAGAGGAAGGGCACACUGAGUCACAGGGUAUCCAGUUCCCAUGUCAAAGGUGGCUCGACCGUAACGAGGACGAUGGCCAGAUUGUUCGUGAGUUAGUGCCAUUUUCUGAUGGACAAAGACUAUUUAAUGUCAGCUAUCACAUCGCAGUGAAGACAGGCAACAUCAGUGGCGGCAGUUCAGACUCCAGGGUGUUUGUCAAGCUCUAUGGUGAGAAAGGCGACACCAGCAAAAUGAUGCUGGUCGUCUCCGACAAUAACCUGCCGAACUACUUCGAAACUGGGCGAGUUGAUGUCUUCUCCAUUGAAACCCGUGACAUCGGACAAAUCAGUCGUCUUAUGAUUGGUCACACCAACGAGGGCAUGCGGGCGGGGUGGUUUCUGGACAGUGUGCAGAUCAUGGUACCUAACAGUGGAAGCCACUACAUGUUCCCCAGCCAUCGCUGGCUUUCUGAAGAUGAGGCUGACGGCAAAACCCAAGUGGAGCUAUACCCAAGUGAAAUACUGGACAUUGAACAAUUGAUAAACUAUGAAAUUACCGUGGUGACGGGUGAUGUUUGGGCUGCAGGAACCAAUGCCAAUAUUUUUAUCCAGCUGUAUGGAGACCAAGGAAAGACAGAAGUUAUCACCCUGAAAAGCAGGUCAAAUAAUUUUGAAAGAGGUCAUGCUGAAAUAUUCAAGAUUGAAGCUAAAGAUGUGGGAAAGAUUUUUAAGCUCCGCAUUGGCCACGAUGGGUCAGGAAUCUGGGCUGGGUGGUUCUUGGAAAAAGUGGAUGUAAAAUACUUGGUCAUGGCCUUGGUGAAGAAAGAGAAGAAAGAAGACAAGAAGAAAAACAAGAAGAAGAAAAAGAAGGAAGAGGAUGAGGAUGAGGGUGAGGAGGUGAUGCAGGAGGUGGUGAAAACGCUCUCCUUCCCCUGUGAUCGUUGGCUGGCUGAGGAUGAGGAAGAUGGGGAGCUUGUGGUGGAACUUCUACCCGAGGAUAGCGAGGAGCUGGAUGAAAUUGUGUAUGAUGUCAAUGUGUUCACGGGCAACAUGUGGGGUGCUGGAACCGAUUCCAAAGUUUACAUUACUAUCUUCGGCGAGAAAGGCGACACUGGGGAGCGCCGCCUGAAGAGGUCCAACAACUUCAACAAAUUUGAGCGCGGCCAGACAGACACAUUCUCCAUUACAGCAGUGGAGCUGGGACCUCUGAAGAAGCUCAGGAUCCGUCAGGACUCCAGCGUCUCCUGGUACCUGGACAGAGUCGAGAUCACAGACACCAGGGAUGACAUCACGUACUACUUUCCCUGCAACCGUUGGCUGGCUGUAGACGAAGAUGAUGGGCAGAUCGCCAGGGAGCUGGUGCCUGUGGAUGAGGCCUUCAUGAAGAAGGAUGGGGACGAGGAGGACUCAGGAGCCACCUUAGGGCUGGAGCAGAAGGCUAUGUCAACAACAUACACGCUGAGGAUCAAGACAGGAGAGAAGAAACAUGCUGGAACUGAUGCCAAUGUUUUUGCAAUUCUUUAUGGAGAGUAUGAUGACACAGGAAUCAUUAACCUGAGGGCCAGUAAAACUCACAAAAACAAGUUUGAGCAGGGAAUGAUCGAUGAAUUCACUGUGGAAGCUGUUGAUCUGGGAGAGCUUCUAAAGCUUAGAAUUGGGCAUGACAACGCAGGCGGAGGGUCCCCCGGCUGGUUCUUAGACUGGGUAGAGAUUAAUGCCCCCUCCCAGGGUCAGAAACUUUGUUUCCCAUGUGGCCGAUGGCUGGAUAAGACAGAAGAUGAUGGGGCGUUAGUAAGAGAUUUGUACCCAGCCGAACUGCAGACGGAGCUCUACAUCCCAUUUGUGCCAUAUGAAAUAAAAAUUUUCACAAGUGAUGUGUUUGGAGCUGGGACAGAUGCAGAUGUUUUUAUUGCUCUCUAUGGGCAGAACGGAAUCUGCACUCAGCAGAAGUCUCUUUGUGUGAACAAAAGAGAAAGACGCCUGUACUUUGAGAGGGGUGCAGAAGACAUGUUCAUUGUCGAGCUGGAGGAUAUAGGAGACAUCCUUGAGAAGAUUCGCAUUGGACACGAUAACAGGGGCAUAAAUCCUGGGUGGCAUCUAGACCGAGUGGAGAUCAGAAGGCUUUUAAGGAAAGGAAAGGGCUCGGAGACUACCAUCUUUCCAUGCGAACGAUGGCUGGCGAAGUCAGAGGAUGAUGGUGAGACAGUGAGAGAGCUAGUGCCCUCAGACAUCAUCACAGAAAAGCUCCUGAAAGACGGCACCCUCAAGUACAUAGAGACAGAGGUGGAGGAUGCCCUGGAGACUCACACAUAUAAGGUAUCAGUGAGAACGGGAGACAUGCAUGGAGCAGGUACAGACGCCAAUGUGUUCCUGACCAUCUACGGAAACCUGGGGGACACAGGAGAACGCAAACUAAGCAAAUCAGAGAGCAACAAAAACAAGUUUGAGAGAGGAAGAGUUGAUAAGUUCAACAUUGAAGCUGUGGACCUAGGUGAGGUUUUUAAGAUCAAAAUACGCCAUGACAAUUCACUGCCAGGGGCAGACUGGUACCUCGACCAGGUAGAAAUUGUGGACGAGGACACAGAUGAAGUCUUCAUGUUCUUAUGUGAGAGGUGGCUAUCAAGAAAGAAAGAAGAUAGACGGAUUGAGAGAGCAUUUUAUGUCAAGGGUUACGAAGGUGAAAGGAAUCCUCAAAACUCAAAGAAAAAAAUCCAGAACUCCAAACCAAGCCUAGACAGCAACAUGAACAAAAAGAAAAAGAGGAAGAAAGCAGUGCCAGUGGAGGAGGGUCCAGUGAUCCCGUACCACAUGACAGUGUCAACAGGGCAAGACCACGAUGCCAGUACCACAAGUCGGGUCUACAUGAUCAUAAUGGGCCCCCAGGAUAUGGAGACAGAGCGCCUCUGGCUCGAUCUUCCUGAAGAAAAGAAAUGUUUUGCUGCUGGAACUAUGGAGAACUUUGAAAGUUAUGGAUCGGAUGUAGGAGAAAUCAAGAGAGUGGAGUUAGGCCACGCUGGAGUUACUCCUGAGAGCUGCUGGCUGGUAGAUGAGCUCUCAGUUGCAGUGCCCACCAAAGGCAUCAAGUACAUGUUCCAGUGUAAGUGCUGGCUUGCCAAGGACAGGGGAGAUGGCCUCACAGCAAGAGUAUUUAAUGUGCUAGACGCCACCACCAUCAAUAUCAUUCAAAAGGUCAUCUUUGAGAUUACCGUUGUGACAGGAGACACCCAAUUUGCAGGGACAGACACCAACAUAUUCAUAAACGUGUUUGGGGCAAACGGAGGUACGGAGGACAUUCUGCUCCCCAAAAAUGAGGACAGGUUUGAGAGAGAUCAGGAGGACACGUUCAACUUGGAGAUUGAUGAUAUCGGUCCUCUUAAAAAGCUAAGAGUUCGCAUUGAUGGAACGGGAAGUCGGCCUGACUGGUUUCUUGACAAGAUUAUCAUGCGAAACCUGAGCACUGACGAGGUGUCAGUUUUCACCUUUGAGAACUGGCUGUCGAAAACGAAAGGGCCCAAGAGAACAAAGGUGUGUGAGCUCCCCGCAGUGGUGGAUGACGAAGAUCAGGUGGAGACGACUACAUAUAUCAUUCACGUUAAAACCAGCGAUGUCACUGGUGCAGGCACAGAUGCCAACGUGUUCCUAAUCAUAUUCGGGGAGAAUGGUGACACCGGCACUCUGGCACUCAAGGAAAGCAGCAACAGGAACAAGUUUGAGCGCAAGCAGAUGGACGUGUUCCGCUUCCCUGAUGUACUGAGCUUGGGAGAGCUUUCCAAGAUCAGGGUGUGGCAUGAUAACAAGGGUCCUGCUCCAGGAUGGCAUUUGGAAAAUAUAGAUAUAAAAGACGAACUCAUGAACCAAACCUUUCGCUUCCCCUGUGACCGCUGGCUGGCCAAAAGCAAGGAUGAUGGCCAGAUAAUACGGGAACUGGCAUGUGCCAACAAUGAUAUCCUGGACCUCAGUGACAAGACAAAAUAUGAAAUUGACAUCACAACAGCCAACUCUGAAGACGCAGAGACGAAGGAGAACGUCUGGAUCGUGCUUGAGGGGAAAAGAUCACGUUCAAAGGAGUUUAUGAUGGAGAACUCAUCAAAGAAAAAACGAUUCUUGCAGGGUGCAACUGACUCGUUUGAGUUCUCCUCUAAAAAUCUGGGGGAUAUUGUUGGGAUCUCUUUGGGCCACUUAACAAAAGAUAAAAAGGUGAAGAAGGCUCACUGGCACGUUCAGGAAGUGGCGGUGACGGAAAAAGAGCUCCAGAACAAGUACAUUUUCCAUUGUGAUGCAAAGAUCCCCCUGACCACAAGGAAGGACACGUUUGUGACAUUCGAAUGCACUAGAACCAUUGAGAGCUUUGCCAGCAAAGUCCGGAGUUUAGUUCCCGUCAAGUACGAGAUCAUCAUCAUCACCGGGGACGUGAAGGGAGCUGGCACUGAUGCCAACGUUUAUAUCACUAUAUACGGCGUCAACGGAGACUCGGGGAAGCGACCACUAAAGCAGAAGUUCAGAAACCUGUUUGAGAGAGGCCGCACGGACAAAUUUCUGCUGGAGAUGUUGGACUUGGGCGAUCUGCUGAGGGUAAAAGUGGAGCAUGACAACAGUAGCCAAACCCCUGGCUGGUACCUGGAGUGUGUGGACAUUACAAACACUGCCAACUGGGUGACCACCAUCUUCAUUUGUGGAAAGUGGUUAGACAAGAAAAAGGCAGAUGGGAAAAUCGAAAGAGUCUUAUAUCCCAAAUACUGACACCUUUCUGCUGUUUAAUUUUCUUUCGAAUAUCAGGUGUUUAAUUUUGAU